CUGACAUUGGUUUUCUCGGGAUGCAAUAUUUGACAUGUUCGCCUAUCAUCGUAUGAAACUAAAGUUCGUUGGGAGCGGCUGUGGGUGCUCGACGGACGCAACUCUAUGACACGUCAUUCUCUUUAGAAGCCACUUGUUUGCUCACGCAUUUUGUUAAUAGACCGAGCGCAAAAUGCGCACGGGCGAGAACCCCUCGGUGGAGGCUGUUGCGGAGGCGCCAAGAGAGGCGUACGUCGCGGCUCCUACUCACGAGACGUCAUUAGCUUUGGAGUCCGCAUUUGUGCUGACGUCACUUGCUCGACAGGACGGAGCGCAACAAGCUCACCUCGCGGAGGGGGUGAGCGAGGAACAGCCCGAGGCCCUCCUGCCGUUCCUCCUGUUGCGGGGAGAACGCGGCGCGCAAAAGCGGCAAGCAAAGUGCAGGUGUUUCGAUUCUGCAGUGCACACGGUCUGUUGGUUGGGGACAUAUAUAAGGGGAGCUUCAGCGGCCGACCGCAUGGACCUGGCGUAUCGCGGGGCAAACCUGGUCGUGGGGCGCGCGGGGGCACUGCUCGUUACCGGGACCCCGUCGCUGCUGAUCCCCUCUCCAAAUGUAGCGCUGUCGAUGGAUUCGGACGGGGCAGCGGAUCUUAUGGAGGAAAGACAGCUGCCGCCGGAAUCCUUACUUGAAGAUGUUGAACGCCUCUUAGGCGACCGGCAACGUUCUGAAACUAUGCGCAGUCGAGCGCUUGCAGCCGCCAAGCCAAACGCCUCGAGAGACAUUGCGCUCGCCGUCAUUGGAGUAGCUAGCUUGCGCGGAAAGAAGCGCCCAGCGCUUGGUCUGGGCAUCGGGACGAGUUAGAAAGAUUAGGCUGCCAGUUGCCAAACGAAUGCUUGCGACGUAUUGAACUAGAAUACUGCAGAAUACUUGACAGAGAAUGUUGGAUUGUCUCAGGACACUAUUAUUUUCAUGCAAUCCCCGCGAGAGCGGGACGCCGGAAG